UCUUCAUUUACGACGAAGUUUAAUUAAUUAAUAAAAUGCUGACCUCUCGAUCAAUUAAGGGUUGACGCGAAUUACGUCACGAAUUCUCCGAGUGACGUUUAACGAAUGUCAAACUGUCAGAAAGGUUAAUUGCUCUCGUUACAAUUAACAGUGAUAGGCUUUGUCUCAUUCUUCUUUCAACGAAUCUACAAAUUCGUGUUGCAACUUAUAUUUUGCAAUUUCAAUCAUUUUCACGAAAUUGUUGCAUCGUAAUUUCGACAUUUAUAAUAAAAUAGCAUUAACUUAAUGUGAUUAACGAUUGCGAAAACGAAAUUAAACGCUUUUCCCGAAACGAUUGCAAAGUUACGUUCACGUAAACGUGAUCUUUACAUCAUUAAAAUUGACACGAUGAUGCUAAGAUUGUUAAUCAACUCUAUUUAUUUUCUCAUAGAUUUAUUCAGAAAUUACUACUUUGGGAUACUCAUUCCGAAGUAAAUCGCUGAACAAACGGAUUAUUUAGCUAAAGAUCUAAUCCAAAAUGAGUAAAAAGUGCUGAUCAUAGAUCUAUGGGGCAGUCCAUAAACGUCACGCCUAAUGGGGUAUUUCAGAAUGUGAUACAAUGUGACUUUUUUUAAAACUUUUUCCGCUCUGUGGGCAUUAACAGGGCCUCUUUUAGCAAGUCCAUUAUGAGUUCGGCCACCCCCGAAAAAUUCCUGGGGAUUUUUCGACCCGUCCCGAUUCGAUACAGGGUCUCCCUGAGCGGUAGGCUGGUUGACCCUUUGAUCCGGCCGUCACGCAAUGUGCGUAGUGUGGAGGGGAAGGAAAUUAUCCUUACGACGUCACGUUUCACGUUUACCACUGAUCAGUAUCAUAAUGCUUUUUUUUAACAUAAUAUGCCACAUUUAAAAUACAUUUUAAAAAUUUAGUUUGCGCACUUAAAUUUAUAUAAAAACAAUAAAAAAUAGCAAAAAUUAAAUGUAGUAUAUCAUACAGUUACUUUACUAUGUCUGAUAACACAUAAUUUGUUACGUGCAAUUUCUGUGACUAUAAUAGUGUAGACUUCUCACUAUUGUAUUCACAUCUCAAAUUGUAUUUGUUAUGUUACAAAUGAUUAUCAUUUCAGGCUUUUACAAGUCUGAAGACAAAAGAAUAUUAGAAUAAGUAAUGUAAUGAAAUUGUUGUGUUGUUGCUAUGAAGAUAUAAAAGCAGAUCGUCUUUAUUUCUAAAAUCAGUUAUGUAAUGUUAUGUAAAAUCAGUCUAAUGUAAUGUUACUUUUAUGUAGUGGUUUGUUUUGAUAAAAGUGUGAAUAAAUCAUUUUAUGUUAAUAAAUCCGUUACAUAAUUGAUGCAGAUAUUUACGUGGUAAUAAUGCAAAGGCUUUGAAAGAUUCACGUCAUUUGUGAAGAGGUUUAUCAUAAUGCGAGUUAAAAUUGUGGGAUUUUAGUACGACAUCAUUUAUGGAUGAUCGAAUUCAAGAAAAUGAGUAAUUUGGAGUAUUCAUUUCUGAAUAAAUCUAUGAGAAAAUGGAGAUCAUUUAAUUUUAAAAUAAGCAACAAAUUCAGAAUAAUAGAUCCAUUUAGGAAAUGAGUAAUUUUGAGUGCUCAUUCUAAAUAUCUCUAUAACUAUUUUUUUUAUUUUUCCUCAUUUUGAUCCAGUUAAAUAAUUCAAUUGACAAUCAAAUCAUAAUAAACAACCAAUAAGAAACUUCAAUCGAUUUAGCGUUUUUUAGAAAGUAACGAACCAAAAUUGACAUUGAUUUAGUCGACUACGGAAUAUUUCCUCAUGCCCAAUGACUGUCGACUUUUUGUAUUAUCUCAAAAAUUACUACAUCGUGAAUAUUCCAAAUUUUACAUAGUUUAAGUUUAGUUUUUCUCAUAACGAUCGUAACGCAAUGUCUACUGUUGCUAAUAACGAAUCCUCUAGCGAACAGGAAUUUAAAAUGGCGAUAGCCAUUAAGCCGUUAAUAGAAGAAGACGAAGACAUAAAAGAUUUAACGGACGUUAUAGGCCAUUAUGGAAAAUGGCAGAAAAUCAUUUUUGCAUUCAUGUUCUUCAUCGGUUUCCCGGCAGCAUGGAACAAUUUAGUUUUAACAUUUAUUGCUCCAGAUAUUGAUCAUUGGUGCGCUAGAAUACCCGCAUAUAAGAACAUGAGUGUCGAGGAUUGGAAAAAUUGGACCAUCCCCGUUGUGGGUAAGAAUGGAAAUCGUCCCGAAUACGACGAAUGUCGACAUUACAAAUGGAUGACAAAUUCGUCUGCUAUUGUUUACGUCGAUCACAAUCGUACCGUCCCUUGUAGUUCUUGGGAAUACGAUCAUUCUUUUUAUUCUCGUACUAUUGUGGAAAAGUGGAACUUAGUCUGUGACAAAUCCUGGUUAAUAUCUAUGAGUCAAUCUGUAUACAUGGCUGGAAUUUUAUUAGCAAGUUUACUAUUAGGUCAUAUAUCUGACAGAUUCGGACGACGACCCGUUCUUUUAAUUUCAUUCGUUUCAACAUUUUGUUCUGGUAUUAUUUGCGCAUUUUCACCGUCCUACAUUGUCUUUACGGUUAUGAGAUUUAUCAUAGGAUGUGGAAAAUCAGGUCUUUUUGAUACUUGUUUUGUUCAUUUAAUGGAAUCAGUCGGACCAGAAUAUCGCUCCGUUAUUGGUAUAGCCAUUGAAUUUGGAUGGGCAACAGGAUACAUAAUGCUACCGGGCAUCGUAUGGUUAAUUAGAGAUUGGUUUUACAUUCAGCUAGCCAUUACCAUUCCAAUUAUACUCCUGGGUACGAUGUGGUGGUUUUUGCCGGAAUCUCCCAGAUGGCUAUUAAGUCACGGAAAGCUGAAAGAAGCGGUUGAAGUCAUGGAGAAAGCUGCAAGUAUUAACGAAGUUUCAGUCUCUGAUAUUGAUACGUGUAUCAAUAAACUUGCCACGAAUAUUGGAGUUGAAAGUGAAGAAGUUGUAAAACAUAAAACUGUCUUAGAUUUGUUUAGAACAGCUAAUAUAAGAUGGAAAGCUCUUAUUCUCUGCUUAAAUUGGUUUGUUGUAUCUUUUGUAUUUUAUGGUAUUUCGCUCCAUACUAAUAGUCUUGGAGGAAACACAUUUUUAAAUUUUUUUAUAUCAGGAAUUGUAGAAUUUCCUGCAUAUUUUGCUUGCAUUUUCAUCGUUAAAUAUUUAGGAAGGAGACUACCAUUAACUAUAUCUAUGGUUGGUGGAGGAUUAGCAUGUAUCUUAACCAUCCCCAUUCCGGAUAGUUUAUUAUGGCUACGUAUACUAUUCGCCAUGGUGGGAAAAUUAUGCGUUACGGCCGCAUAUGCCAUUAUUUAUAUUUAUACUACCGAAGUAUAUCCUACAGUUGUAAGAAACAUAGGUUUGAGUUCUGGCUCCUUCUGCGCUGGCAUGGGAUCUGUUCUAGCUCCAUUUGUUAAAGAAAUAGGAGAAUACACGAGUCCCAUCGUCCCCAUGGCUCUGUUUGGUGGAUUAUCAAUGGUAGCGGGUCUACUAAUUUUACGACUUUCAGAGACUAACAAUAGAACUUUACACGAUGUAAUCGAUCAAAAUGAUAGGUUGGUGAUUGCAGGAACUUCUAGAUGACUCCAUUUAUAUUAAGUUUUGUUUCUUUUCUUAUUUGUAAUAUUCACAAA